UACGACACGGUGAAUAGUUUACAACAAAAAAAAAAACUCUAAAUUGUUUGCAAAAUAGUGCAUUUUCGGUGAAAUUCGUGUAAAUUUUAUAGUGCAUGAUAACGGGGUGGUGAAAUGGCCAUUAAGGAGUCGAAAAAGCACGGUAAAAAGCGUGAUUUUGGUGGGGAAAAGUCCGAGUCAAAACCGAAGCAAAAGAAGAAGAUCGUUUUCGGCGAUGACGGAGAACAGAAGGAAGUUCCAGUGGAGCAGAAGGUAAAAGCGGACGCAUCCAGCGAAGGAGAUACCAACCAGAAGAAGGGAAAGAAGUGGAACAAGGAUACGAAGGAGGUUCGGGAGGAUGAAGCGGAAACCGUUGAGAGGAGAUGGUACGAGCACUUCGAUGGAUACAACACGGUCGGGGAGUUGGUGGAACUGAAGGAUGCAGAGAUUGCCGAGUUGAGGAAGCUUUGUCGGGUAGCUUUCGAGGCCGAAAGUCGUGCUCUGAUGAAAAACAAUCCGUCGGAUGCCAAGUGGUUGCUGACAGCCCUGGAGAAAGGUACCUCGAAGGAUAGGGCCAAUGCGGGAGCGCUGCUGGUACAAACGAAUCCUCUAUGCAAUCUGCAGGCGCUGGAAACGGUGGUAGCGAUGGUCAAGUUGUCCAAUAAAGGGCAUCUAGAUGUGAUGGAAGUGCUGACAGAGUUGAUGCUGAAUUCGGUUAUGCCUUCAUUCAGGAAGCUGAUUUCGAUUCCGUUGAGAGGAGCGGAUUGGAAGAAUGUGAAGAAGCAGGAGCUGGAGAAGGGUCUGCGGGAUAGAAUCUUCGCCUAUUGGCACUUUGAGGAUGCCCUGAGGGAUGUUUAUUUCACGUUUUUGAAUAACCUUUCGACGGUCAUCCAGACGGGUCAGGACAAUAGCAAGAUGAAGGUGAUCCAGCAUGGUUCCAAGCUGUUUACGACGAUUCCGGAGAAGGAAGCAUAUCUGCUGACAAUGUUGGUCAAUAAGCUGGGAGAUCCGUCCAAGAAGGUCUCUGUAAAGGCGUUGUUUCAUUUGACGGAGGUGGUCAAGAAGCAUUCGGCCAUGUGUCCGGUGAUUGUGACGGAGACGGAGAAGUUGCUGUUCAGGAAUAACAUUUCGCCAAGUGCCCAGCAUUAUGCGCUAACGUUCCUGGCUGCGAUCAGUAACCAUGGGGAUUUAAACUCGUGCGAGAAGAUGAUAAACAUUUGCUUUUGCUUCUUCAAGAUUUUGACCGAAAAAGGGGAGGUAAAUUGCCGGACCAUGCAGGCUAUUUUGGCGUGUCUGCGGAAAGCGAUUGGUAACAUCAAGAAGGAUGUGGAUAUAACCAAUUUUGUCAAACCGGAAGUCAUGAACACAGUCUACAGGAUGAUUCAUCUGGCAGACAUUUCGAUCGCCUGUCAAGGUCUGUCGUUGCUGCUAGAAAUUACCGAGGCCAAAGGAGUGGAGCAGAAUCGCUUCUAUAAUGCACUGUAUAGGAAAUUGCUUGAUCCACAGCUGGCCACCGUGGGACCGCGCAUAUCGAACAUCUUUUUCUACAUCAUCCAUCGGGCAAUUCAGAACGAUCCGAUACCGGACCGUGCGCAGUCUUUCAUCAAGCGACUACUGCAGGUUGCAUUCCACUUUCCCCCGGCCAAGGUGUGCGGAACGCUCAUCGUGAUCAGCAAGGUUCUUCGGAAGCGUAAGCAGCUGCAUAUGGAUGGACAGGUGGCUUCGGAAAAUGGUCAAAGCGAGGUCCCCGAUGGUGGGGAGAGCGAGGUUGAGAAUGAAGAGGAGGACAAAAAGCCCUCGAUCAAGAAGGAAAGCACCCGAAAUGUCACGCACUAUGAUCCGUACCACAGAGCGUCGGAGUUUUCCGGGGCAAAGUACACGGUCAAGUACGAGCUGGCAAGGUAUCUGGAAUAUUUUCACCCAACGGUCAGGACCUUCGCACAGAGCAUAAUCGAUAACUCUCCCCUGACCUACUUCGGUGAUCCGCUGAGAGAUUUUUCGCUCGGGCACUUCCUGGACCGGUUUGCGUUCAAGAAUCCGAAGAAGCCCAAAACCGAAGAGAACGCCGACGGUGAGCAGGUGCCGAAGAAGAGGAUCCUGGGCGUGACCCAGCGGAAGGGCGACUACGUGCCGAGUGGAUCGCGAGGACUGCCGGUACAUUCGCUCACCAAGGACCAAUGUACCGAAGACGAGCGGUUCAUCUUUCAGUUCCUGGAGCAGAAGCGGGAGAAGCUGCAUGAGGCCAAGGAGGAAGCCAAGGCCAGGAAGGCGGAAAAGGGAAUCGUGGACGAAGAUGCCGACCUGUCGGAUACGGAAUCGCUGGAUGACGAUGAGUUUGAUUCGUAUCUGGAUCGGCUGGGCGUACCUGGAGGCGAAGACGGUGGAGCAGACGUGGAUCAGGAGGUGGACUUUAUGAACGAGUUUGAACAGGAUUUGGCCAAAAAGGCGGAGAAAAAGAAGAGCAAACGGGGUGCUGCUGCCGAAGAGGAUGAGGAUGAUGAAGACUUUGGCGGUUGGGAUAAUGUGGACGGUGAGGACGAUGAUGACGAUGAUGAUGAGGAAGCCGAUGACGACGAAGGCGGAGCUCGUUCAGAUGAUGAGCUCAGUGACGGCGGAAGCAUUUCUUUGGAUGAAGCUGAAAGCGAUGAGGACGAACUGGACGAUGAUGACGACGACGGCGAAGAAGAAGACGAGGAUGAAGACUCCGACGAAGAUGCACCAAAGUCCAAAAAGAAGCGAAAGGAGGGUGGUCUGAGCGAUCGAGAUUUCCAGAAGAAACUGAAAUCAAACGAUUUCAAUUCGCUAUUUGCCGCGGCGGAUGACUUCUCGGAAAUGCUGGAGAAGAAUGUCGGUUCGAAGGACAGCAAGUCGCACGGCACCCUGGGGGAAAUCUUCAACAAGGACAAUGCGCCAGUCAAGCAGAUGGAAUGGGAGCAGGCUAGGUUCAGCGGUAAGAACCGGAUGCAGAGCGGUGGAAAGAAGCACGGUUCGUCAUCCGGUGGUUUUGGUGGCGGCGGCGGCGGCGGCAGUAAAAAAUUCAAAGCCGGAAGGGUGGACAAGAAGAAAUCGUCGUCGUCGUUCGGGAAGAAGAGCGGUGGCAAGGCGGGAGGUAAGCGAAGAAAGUAGAUGAUUAUUUAGUAGUUUUUGGUCUACGAGUGUUAAUC